AUGAGGUUGAGGCAGACAUCCGGCUCUAUUGCCAACGACCCGAAGAGCAAGAGUCAAUCGCUCGGUGAUGUACAGAAAGUGACUAAAUUUGGUACCCUGUUCAUUGACCAAGAUCGAGCUAAGACUGGUACCUUUAACGGCAACGGGGCCAGCCCUCAACUACCUGUCAAUGUCAUCAUGUGGACAUCAGGCGUCGGACCGCUGAUGAGGGGCACUUUAUCAAGAACGGGUUCCAAUUGUUAA